CCACCAUCCUUCCCACCAUCCUUCCCCUCUCCGGGGAAGAUGCAGGUGAGCGGGAACACGGGGGCGACACUCCGCAACCGCCGCGCCUCGGGGACCAUUCGCUUCUCGGCCGGGCCCCGCCCCCUUGCGGGGGCGUAACCGCCACGCCUCCCUCCGGCUUCGCGAACAAUGACGGCCGCCGCCCCUCCCACCUUUGGCGUCACGAUCAAAACAAUCCUUUAACUACAACUCCCAGAAGGCCGAGCGGCAGCGCGAGCUCAACCACUCGCGGCUGUUCCGGCACAACUACAUUUCCCAAGGGGUAUCGCGCGACCGCGGCUCCUUCACUGCGCAAGUGCGGAACCACCUUUGUUUCCGGCGUGGGUUUGUGGGAGCGUGGCUUCUAGUUGCCCUGGGUCUUAACUGGAGGGCUUCUUGGUUUAUCGGUUUGGGCUCGUGACUGUGCAGGCACAGCAGCUACACGGAAAAGAUGGGAGAAGAGGCCAGUGAUGACAAGAAGCCAACAACUAAAUUUGAACUAGAGCGAGAAACAGAACUUCGCUUUGAGGUGGAGGCGUCUCAGUCAGUUCAGUUGGAGCUGCUGGCUGGCAUGGCCGAAAUCUUUGGCACGGAGCUGACCCGAAACAAGAAAUUCACCUUUGAUGCUGGUGCCAAGGUGGCUGUUUUCACUUGGCAUGGCUGUUCUGUACAGCUGAGUGGCCGCACCGAGGUGGCUUAUGUCUCCAAGGACACUCCUAUGUUGCUUUACCUCAACACUCAUACAGCCUUGGAGCAGAUGCGGAGGCAGGCAGAGAAGGAAGAAGAACGAGGUCCCCGGGUGAUGGUAGUGGGCCCCACUGAUGUGGGCAAGUCCACGGUGUGCCGUCUACUGCUCAACUACGCUGUGCGUUUGGGCCGCCGGCCCACUUACGUGGAGCUGGAUGUGGGUCAGGGCUCUGUGUCCAUCCCUGGUACCAUGGGAGCCCUCUACAUUGAGCGGCCAGCAGAUGUUGAAGAGGGCUUCUCUAUCCAGGCCCCUCUGGUGUAUCAUUUUGGCUCCACUACUCCUGGCACCAACAUCAAGCUUUAUAAUAAGAUUACAUCUCGUUUAGCAGAUGUGUUCAACCAAAGGUGUGAAGUGAACCGAAGGGCCUCUGUGAGUGGCUGUGUCAUUAACACCUGUGGCUGGGUCAAGGGCUCAGGUUACCAGGCCCUGGUGCAUGCAGCCUCAGCCUUUGAGGUGGAUGUGGUGGUGGUUCUGGAUCAAGAACGACUGUACAAUGAACUGAAGCGGGACCUGCCUCACUUUGUACGCACUGUGCUGCUCCCUAAAUCAGGGGGUGUGGUUGAGCGCUCCAAAGACUUCCGGCGGGAAUGUAGGGAUGAGCGUAUCCGGGAAUAUUUCUAUGGAUUCCGGGGCUGUUUCUAUCCCCACGCCUUCAAUGUCAAAUUUUCAGAUGUGAAAAUCUACAAAGUUGGGGCACCCACCAUCCCAGACUCCUGUUUGCCCUUGGGCAUGUCUCAGGAGGACAAUCAGCUCAAGCUAGUACCUGUCACCCCUGGCCGAGAUAUGGUGCACCACCUCCUGAGUGUUAGCACUGCUGAGGGCACAGAGGAGAACCUUUCUGAGACCAGUGUGGCUGGCUUCAUCGUGGUGACCAGUGUGGACCUAGAGCAUCAAGUGUUUACUGUUCUCUCUCCGGCCCCCCGCCCACUGCCUAAGAACUUCCUUCUCAUCAUGGAUAUCAGGUUCAUGGAUCUUAAAUAGAGAUCAGCAGGAAGCCUUGCUGCCUGGGGCAUAGAGAUCUCCUGGCCAUCACCAAAGGCAGAUGGACUGAGUGAGGUGUGAGAAUCUAUUGAGGUCAGGCUGACCAGGAAAUGGUGGACUAGUAGAAAGCAUAUAUUCUACCUCUUAAAACAGGUGGUGGCCUCCUAACUCUUCUAAUCUUGAACCACAAGGAAAACCGUGAGAAUAUAAUUGAUUUCUUAGAUCACCUAAGGUGCCACUUUUAACUCUCUGAGGCCCUGGAGAAUCCCAUUUCUUUCACUGUGCUACUGGGUGGGCUAAUUUUUAGGAGGGAUUUUUUUUUUUUUUAUCACUGCUUUGUAUUCUGUAUAUAGUACUUGUUACCUCAUUUAUCCGGGAUGAAAGAGUGAAUUAGAAGGAUUCCUUCCAAUAAAAUUCAAACUUGGGAAAAAAAUUUAUUUUAAUAAAUAUUUUUGCUACA